UGGGCGGUGCUGGGACGGCGCAUGCCCCGUGAAGGGGCUCCGCCAAGCGCGCUGUGCGCACGCGCGACCCCGCGGCCCCGGAAGUGCUCUGCCGCUGGGUGACACGUCGCAGGGGCCGCGGCGGCGGGUUUGGCCGGGCCCGGGGCCGUGCAGAUACCUUGCGAUGUCUGGGUUCGACAGCUUCAGCACAGACUUCUUCCAGACGAGCUACAGCAUCGAUGACCAGGCCCAGCCCUACGAUUACAGCGGGAGACCGUACAGCAAGCAGUAUGGAGGCUACGAAUACUCGCAACAAAGUGGAUUUGUCCCUCCAGAGAUGAUGCAGCAGCAGCAGCCUUACACAGGGCAGAUUUACCAGCCAACGCAGACAUACACUCCAACUUCAGCACAGUCGUUUUAUGGAAGUAAUUUUGAGGAUGAGCCUCCUCUAUUAGAAGAAUUGGGGAUCAAUUUCGACCACAUCUGGCAGAAGACACUAACAGUGCUACACCCCUUAAAGGUAGCAGAUGGCAGCAUCAUGAAUGAGACUGAUUUGGCUGGGCCAAUGGUCUUCUGUCUGGCUUUUGGAGCCACGCUAUUACUGGCUGGUAAAAUUCAGUUUGGUUAUGUGUAUGGAAUAAGUGCAAUCGGAUGUUUAGGGAUGUUUUGUCUCCUCAACUUAAUGAGCAUGACGGGCGUCUCGUUUGGCUGCGUUGCCAGCGUCCUGGGAUACUGUCUUCUUCCUAUGAUCCUACUUUCCACUUUUGCAAUUGUAUUUUCGUUGCAGGGAAUGAUGGGGAUUAUUCUCACGGCUGGAAUCAUUGGCUGGUGCAGCUUUUCUGCUUCCAAAAUCUUUAUUUCUGCCUUAGCAAUGGAAGGACAACAACUUCUAGUAGCAUACCCCUGUGCUUUGUUGUAUGGAGUCUUUGCUCUCAUUUCUGUCUUUUGAAUAGACUGUCCAACCUGUUGGACUCCAGUGGGCCAAAAUGAAAACAUCGACUUGGAACAUUUAGUUGGACCAGAAACAGCUGCAAACAACUGUAUAGUGUUGCUAUCCCAAAACGUAGACUUGUCCUGAAUCAUCUGGAACAAUGAAAACAAAUGUCUCGUGUUCACUUUUUUAGGACUUUGAAUACUGUUAUCAAUAGACCGGAAGUGUCUAUAGCUUUAAUAAGUGUUCAUGCUUAUCAAGUUAAUGUAAUUUCUUUCCCAUUCCUGUAUCUUUAGAAAAGUAACUUUCGGUUGUUCAUUUGAGGGUUGGGGGUUUUGUUUGUUUUUUUUUUGUUUUAGGGGAGAGAGAAGGAUUGCUGUUAUAAAUUGAUAGAUUUUUAUCAGCAAAAGUUAACAGAACUGCAGAUGCCGUACAUUUGGGGUACUCUUUGCAGAAAUCUGCAGUAAUAAAGAACCUAUUUCCUGUCCCCUCUUACCAAAAGCAAAAUGCACAAAUGAACACAAGCAAUUAGAGUAUUUUCUCUAUUUCAACAAAUAUGCUCUUUGGUCUCAUUUAUUUGUUCAUUUAAUGUGAUACUAUUUCAGGAUUUAAGAUACUUAAAUUAUGAAUUAGAAAACAGAUACUUAAAAGUUAAAGGGAUCUGUAAUUCUGUCACACUUGAAAUACGAAUACAUUUGGAUGUCUAAGUAGCUAUAUGUUAACUUGGAUUUCUGAAGAUGACUUCAACUAGAGUUUCUUUUCCUAAUGGUGCACAUACUAGUAGAUGAAGAGUAAUCUCUUUUGCAGUACUUCCAAGGAAAACACCAUUUUGAAAAUGUUAUGCUUGUCAGUAUUGUAGUUACUGUAAAAUAAUUUAAGGCAUAUUGAUUAAAUUUUCCUUAAAUUUUGAAAAA